AUGGCCGCCGUCACGGGCAGCGUCGGAAGCGUCUCGAGCGUCGCGCACUUUGACGACGCGACGGCGCGCGACUCGACGCUCUCGGUCACGUACUUCUACGCCGAGUUCCACGACGCCUGUCGUCCCAACGGGCAGCUCGACGUGGUCGUGCGCCAGCUCGCGACGCUGUACCCGCGCGUUCGGUUCCUCAAAGUCGCGGCCGAAGAGCUCACGGAGCUCUCGGACCGCUUUCAGGUCGCCGUCGUACCCACUUUUGUCAUUGCACAGGGCCCAAUUGUGCUCGAGAAACUCGAGGGAACGAACGUCGCAGCGCUCGCGAAGCGGGUGGACGUGCUGAGCAAACGGGUGGUCCACACGACGUCCACUUCAACGUCAGCAGCCAAUGAAACGCCGGCGAACAAACAGCCACUCGACGACGCUCGACAGGUUCGACUGGCAAAGCUGUUGCGUGCAGCGCCCGUGAUGCUGUUUCUCAAGGGCACACCGAGUGACCCCAAGUGUGACGCGAGUCGCGACGUGGUCGCGUUGCUGAACGAAGAGACGAUCGCGUUCAGUGCGUUCGACGUGGAUCAGGACCACGACGUGCAGGAAGGACUGAAGCUCGUGUCGACGUCGUCGACGUUCCCGCAGCUCUAUGUACAUGGCGCGUUCGUUGGUGGACUGGAUCGUCUCAAGGAGAUCAAGGCGACAGGGUCGAUUGCGGACCACUUUGGUCUGACGAAACAAGUCGAGCCAACCGAUGCGGCGUUCCAGGAGAGUCUGCGUGCACUGGUGAACUCGGCCCCGGUGUUGCUGUUUAUGAAGGGCACGCCGUCCGAGCCCAAGUGUGGCUUCAGCAAGAAGACGGUCCAGCUACUGCGCGAUCACGGGAUUGCGUUCAGCUAUUUCGACAUUUUGAGCGACGCAGAAGUGCGGCAGGGGCUCAAGCAGUUUGCCAACUGGCCAACGUAUCCGCAGCUGUAUGUCAAGGGCAAACUUGUUGGCGGGCUGGACAUUUUGAACGAGAUGGCCGAAGACGGCGACUUGAGCGAGCAGCUGGGCGUGGAGAAGAAGGCGAAGAAGGAGAACAAGUUCGAACAGCUCAUCAACCGUGCGCGUGUCAUGAUCUUCAUCAAGGGCACGCCCCAGCAACCGCAGUGCGGAUUCAGCCGCAAGCUUGUGGACAUUCUGGACAGCGAAGGCUUCAAGUACGACUCGUUUGACAUCCUCACGGACGACAGUGUGCGCCAGGGGCUAAAGAAGUACUCGAACUGGCCGACGUUCCCGCAGCUGUACGUGAAGGGCGAGCUCAUUGGCGGGCUUGACAUUGUGCAGCAGAUGCAGGAGGACGGGGAACUCGCAGAGCUCAAGGAGUAG